CGUUUUAGCCGGCGCCUCUCCCUACAGAAACUUUUAAGUGUAUUAAAAAAAAGAAGACUGAGGAAUAAGAGUGGAACUAAAACAAGUGUAAUAAAAAUGUGUUCGUUGUUGUGGAUUUUAAGCAUUUUCGCAAUUUUUGUGGCAGACGUACGAACGGGCGCUUUACAGCAGAAAGAUUUAUCGCCUCGUAGAUGCCACCACUGUGCUCACAAAGCACGUUGUGAACUCGACAGUUCGCCUGUCGUGUGUCCAGCUGGGCAGCCAUUAUGCGCCACCGUGGCGAGUGCACCCAACUUUACAUCUACACUUACCUGCGCAACUGCAAGCGAGUCACCUUGUUCAUUAAUUUAUAAUUCGAAAUUGGCACUAGAGAUGACCUGCAUAUGCAACGAUCACCUCUGCAACGCGCCGUACUCCUCUCAGUUUCGAAAUGAGCUACUCAAUUUUUCAACGCAAAUCCCUGCCAACACUAGCACUGAGCUCACCGAAACGUUUCUAAAAUCCUCUUUUUUUGCGAACGUGACUAAAAUGGAAUUGUAUGAAACGAUAACCAUUGUUAGAGACGCGGAGGAAAAAAAGACAACGCUUUUUUCCGCUCAAUCAACGACGGUUGGUUUAACAUCAAUUGGCGCUGCUGAAGACGUUCCACCGCGGGCUGAAGCCUUGAAGCACGAAGCAACCGUUCCACCGGAUGAUGAUGAGGAUGAGGUCGAGGGGAGCGGAAAUUUUGAAGAGACUAAGUCUCAAGCGGCAGCUCCUGCCGCUCCUAGUUCUUACUUACCAGCAGAAGAAAAUAAAGUAGCUCCCGUAAUUAUAAAUACAUACUUAUUAGCAUUGACAAUAUUUUAUCGACAUGCGAUUUGGUAAAUAUUGACAGUGAAAUAAGUUAUUCUUUGUUUAAAAAAUUUGUACACGAGUCUUUUAAUAUUUUAAUGUCCAUAGCGUUGACUUUAAAUUAGAAUAACUAAGGGAACAAAAUUUCCAAAUAACACCUUUUUGUCU